UUUAGAAAUCCAAAGUCUGGUUUUGGGGCAUAUAUAUGAUACAUGAAUCAGAGCUAUAAUCAUUUGUGUAGUGACACUUUGUGCUUGAAGUCUGAAGUGAAAAGAUUGCCAUCAUACCACGAAAUAUAUUUUGUUUUAUCAGACUAACGUAAACGAUAGAAAAGAUGCUAGCUCGAGGUCUUCUUGUGCUGGUCAGCAUUGCUGUACUCCUUUUCGAGCCGGCUAGCUCCCAGCAAGGAACAGACCUUACACUCGUGUCCGGAGCAUUCGGUACGGCAGUCGUGGAGGCUACCGUGUCGAAGAUCGAUCGCCUGACGAAACUGAGCACGGAUCUGCGCGCAGACUACAGGUUCAUUCGGCGCAUCGCUUGGGUUGAAACCGAUGACGGAAACGCGCCUUGGACCUACCUUGGCGAUGUGUACCACGGCGGGAUAUGGAGAGUGGACAGCUCUGUCUAUGACGCCACCUUGGCAUUGUACAACAACCCGAGUUACGCUUCCACCUUUUAUGACAUCCAGCGGAUCCUGGGCAUAAACUGGAGCCAGAGUACUUGGCAAGACUGUCGCAAACCUCUGUACUCGGCCCUGGCUGCUCGACUGUAUUUCCACAGUCUACAAGCUACUGUGCCACAGGGAUUGAAUGGCCAGGCUACAUUUUGGAGUGACAGGUACCACGCUCAACCGACAGACACGGUGGAGAACUUCAUCAGCAAGGUCGAAAUUCUUGAAAGUGGAGGAUGUUCUGUCAAGGGCAUAGAUCUAGUCUUCAUUUUGGACAGUUCAGGGAGUGUGGGAUCUGCCAACUUUGAGACAACCAAGAACUUUGUUUCGAGUGUCGUUGACUCGUUUGCCAUUGGUGCUGACAAGACCCGAGUCGGUGUCAUCAAGUACUCAUCUAGCGUUACAGUCGAGUUCAACCUGAACGCAUACACCGACAAAACACAACUCAAGCAGGCAAUUGAAAACAUCAAUCACAGUGGAGGUGGAACGGAGACAGUUGCUGCACUGACCGUCAUGGAAAGUCAGGCCUUCCUAGUCGCGAACGGAGCCCGACCCGACGACGAACCAGUAUCUCGUGCGGCAGUUGUCAUCACAGAUGGGCAGUCACAGGGGGCAGCGGCCGUGGCAGUACCGGCAGACCGAGCUAGGGAGAAAGAUAUCAAUAUGUUCGCUAUCGGAGUGACUAGUAGUGUGAAUGAUGACGAGCUAAACGCUAUUGCAAAUAAACCCAAUGACACCUACGUGUUCCACGUCAGUAAUUUCGACGCCAUCGACAACAUUGUGGCCACCCUUGAAGACAAAACAUGUAAUGCUCCCACCCCUAUUCACGUACCGGUGCUCAACAGUUCUCUCAGCCUUGGAGAAAAGCAAAUCUUGGCACAGGUGGUCCCGGAAAGUGGAGUCACCCUAGGCAUCGAAGCUGCAGAAGGCAACGUGGUCAUGUACAUCUCCACGACCACACCCAACCCUAACGAGGCACUUCAUGACUACCGCCUGGAAGCGAGAGAGGGUCAGGGAAGGGCGGAAGUCUUCAUCAGUCCUGAUGCAUUCAAGGACGAAGGGAACUUCUCUAUCCAGACUGAUGGUGGCCGUAACCGAAGACAGGCGAGUCAGAAUGACACCGGAGAUGGUUCCCCCAUCGGCACUGUGUAUAUGACCAUAGAGGGCCUGCAGGAUACCAACGAUUUUGUGUUGGAGGUGACAGAAGGUGACGUCACUGAUCCUGUCACUGAUCCUGUCACUGAUCCUGUCACUGAUCCAGUCACUGAUCCUGUCACAACUGAAGAGCCAGAGACCACGAGCGAGUACUCUUCACCUACAGCUGGGGCUUCAGCUCAUGCUACGGUUUACAUCAGCGUAAUGAUGAAGGCUCUUGUUGCUGCUCUGUUUAUCAAAUCUGCGCCGUUUUGUCUUCUUGUGCUGGUCAGCAUUGCUGCUUUCUUUUCCGAGCCGGCUCGCUCCCAGCAAGGAACAGACCUGACUAUCCUUCCCGGAGCACGCGGCGCAGCUGUCGUGGAGGCUACCGUGUCGAAGAUCGAUCGCCUGACGGCACUGAGCACGGAUCUGCGCGCAGACUACAGGUUCAUUCGUCGCAUCGCUUGGGUUGAAACCGAUGACGGAACCGCGCCUUUGACCUACGAUGGCGAUGUGUACCACGGCGGGAUAUGGAGAGUGGACCGCUCUGUCUAUGACGCCACCUUGGCAUUGUUCAACAACCCGAGUUACGCUUCCAUCUUUAAUGACAUCCAGCAGAUCCUGGGCAUAAACUGGAGCCAGAGUACUUGGCGAGACUGUCGCAAACCUCUGUAUUCGGCCCUGGCUGGUCGACUGUAUUUUCACAGUCUACAGUCUACUGUGCCACAAGGACUGAAUAAUCAGGCGACAUUAUGGAGAGAUAGAUACCACGACCAACCGACAGGUACGGUGGAGAAUUUCAUCAGAAAGGUCGACAUUCUUGAAAGUGAAGGAUGUUCUGUCAAGGGCAUUGAUCUAGUCUUCGUUUUGGACAGUUCAGGGAGUGUGGGACCUGCUAAUUUUAACAUAACAAAGAACUUUGUUUCGAGUGUAGUGGACUCGUUUGACAUUGGUGCCGACAGGACCCGAGUCGGUGUCAUCAAGUAUUCCGGUGACGUAACAGUCGAGUUCAACCUGAACGAAUACACCGACAAAACACAACUGAAAGAGGCAAUUGGAAACAUCAUUUACAGCCAGGGUGGAACGCAGACAGUUUCUGCGCUGAACGUUAUGGAAAGUCAGGCCUUCCUAGUCGAGAACGGAGCCAGACCUCUCAUCAAUGCAGUAUCGCGAGCAGCAGUAGUAAUCACGGACGGGCAAUCACAGGGGGCAGCGGCCGUGGCAGUACCAGCAGACCGAGCUAGGGAGAAAGAUAUCAAAAUAUUCGCCAUUGGCGUGACUGUUAAUGUGAAUGACGACGAGCUAAACGUCAUUGCUAACAAACCCAAUGAAACCUACGUGUUCCACGUCAGUAAUUUCGACGCGAUCGGCAACAUUGUGGCCUCUCUUGAAGAACAAACAUGUAAUGCUCCCACCCCUCUCCGCGUGCCGGUGCUCAACAGUUCUCUCAGCCUUGGAGACGUGCAAUUCCUGGAACAAGUGGUCCCGGAAAGUGGAGUCACCCUAGGCAUCGAAGCUGCAGAGGGCAACGUGGUCAUGUACAUCUCCACGACCACACCCAACCCUAACGAGGCACUUCAUGACUACCGCCUGGAAGCGAGAGAGGGUCAGGGAAGGGCGGAAGUCUUCAUCGGUCCUGAUGCAUUCAUGAACGAAGGGAACUUCUCUAUCGAGACUGAUGGUGGUCGUAAGCGAAGACAGGCACCGAGUCAGAAUGACACCGGAGAUGGUUCCUCUAUCAUCGGCACUGUGUAUAUGACUAUAGAGGGCCUGCAGGAUACCAACGAGUUCGUGUUAGAGGUGACAGAAGGUGACGUCACUGAGCCGGAGGCCACAGUUACACCAACUACAGCUGGGGCUGCAGCUAUGACUACGGUUUACAUCAGCGUAAUGAUGAAGGCUCUAGUUGCUGCUCUGUUUAUCAAAUCUGCGCUGUUUUGGCUUCUUGUGCUGGUCAGCAUUGCUGCCUUCUUUUGCGAGCCGGCUCGCUCCCAGCAAGACCUUACUAUCCAACCCGAAGCACGCGGCACGGUAGUCGUGGAGGCCACCGUGUCGAAGAUCGAUCUCCUGACGGCACUGAACACAGACCUGCUCGCAGACUACAGGUUCAUUCGGCGCAUCGCUUGGGUUGAAACCUCUGACGGAACCGCGUCCAUCACCUACGAUGGCGAUGUGUACCACGGCGGGAUAUGGAGAGUGGACCGCUCUGUCUAUGACGCCACCUUGGCAUUGUACAACAACCCGAGUUACGCUUCCAUCUUUAAUGACAUCCAGCGGAUCCUGGGCAUAAACUGGAGCCAGAGUACUUGGCGAGACUGUCGUAUACCUCUGUACUCGGCCCUGGCUGCUCGGCUGUAUUUUCACAGUCUACAGUCUAUUAUCCCACAAGGACUAAAUAAUCAAGCGACAUUAUGGAGUAAUAGAUACCACGACCAACCGACAGAUACGGUGGAGAAUUUCAUCAGUAAGGUCGACGCUCUUGAAAGUGAAGAAUGCGAUCAAGGCAUAGAUCUUGUCUUUGUCUUGGAUAGUUCAGGGAGUGUGGGAUCUACUGACUUUGGGCUGACCAAGAACUUCGUAUCAAAUGUCGUGGACAACUUCAACAUCAGUGCGCACGAGACCCGCGUCGGUGUCAUCAAGUAUUCCGGUAGUGUUACAGUCGAGUUCAACUUGAACAGAUACACCGACAAAACACAGCUCAAGCAAGCAAUUGGAAGCAUACAGCACGUCGGUGGUGGUACUAAUACAGUUGAUGCACUGGAGACUAUGGAAAGUCAGGCCUUCCUAGUCGAGAACGGAGCCAGACCUGACACCAAUGCGGCAUCUCGAGUAGCAGUAGUAAUUACGGACGGGCGGUCACAGGGGGCAGCGGCCGUCGCAGUACCGGCAGACCAAGCUAGGGAGAGAGGCGUCACUAUCUUUGCCAUCGGUGUGACUAGCAAUGUGAAUGACGAUGAGCUAAACGCCAUUGCUGACAAACCCAACGACACCUACGUGUUCCACGUCAGUAAUUUCGACGCGAUCGGCAACAUUGUGGCCACCCUUGAAAAAAAAACAUGUAAAGAUUCCACCCUUCUUCUCGUGUCUGUGGUCAACAACACGCUCCGCCGUGGAGUUAAGCAAUACUUGCAACAGAUGGUCCCGGAAGAUGGAAUCACCCUAAGCAUCGAAGCUGCAGAAGGCGACGUGGUCAUGUACAUCUCCACGACUACACCCAACCCUAACGAGGCACUUCAUGACUACUACCUGGAAGCGAGAGAGGGUCAGGGAAGGGCGGAACUCUUCAUCGGUCCUGAUGCAUUCAUGAACGAGGGGAACUUCUCUAUCCAGACUGAUGGUGGCCGUAAGCGAAGACAGGCACCGAGUCAGAAUGACACCGGAGAUGGUUCCCCUAUCGGCACUGUGUAUAUGACUAUAGAGGGCCUGCAGGAUACCAACGAUUUCGUGUUGGAGGUGACCGAAGGUGACGUCACCGAUCCUGUCACUACCCAGCCGACAACUGAAGAGCCAGAGGCCACAGCUUCUCCAGGGAGUGAUCACACUUCACCUACAGCUGGGGCUGCAGACACUUCAACUACAGCUGGGGCUGCAACUAAGACUACUGCUUACAUCAGUGUAAUGAUGAAGGCUCUUGUCGCUGCUCUUUUGAUGAAAUCUGCACAGUUUUACUCUCCUCAAAGACUGAAUUUCUCAAAUUGUAGUCUUUCUUACAGCGCAAGGAUGAUUUCUCGAUGGCAUACUCACUUGACCCCAGACACAUAUUUUUUCUUCGUACAAUUUCUCUCGCCAGGUCUUCUUGUGCUGGUCAGCAUUGCUGCCUUCUUUUCCGAGCCGGCUCGCUCCCAGCAAGGAACAGACCUGACUAUCCUUCCCGGAGCACGCGGCACGGCUGUCGUGGAGGCUACCGUGUCGAAGAUCGAUCGCCUGACGGCACUGAACACGGAUCUGCGCGCAGACUACAGGUUCAUUCGGCGCAUCGCUUGGGUUGAAACCGAUGACGGAAACGCGCCUUUGACCUACGAUGGCGAUGUGUACCACGGCGGGAUAUGGAGAGUGGACCGCUCUGUCUAUGACGCCACCUUGGCAUUGUACAACAACCCGAGUUACGCUUCCAUCUUUAAUGACAUCCAGCAGAUCCUGGGCAUAAACUGGAGCCGGAGUACUUGGCGAGACUGUCGCAAACCUCUGUACUCGGCCCUGGCUGCUCGACUGUUUUUGCACAGUCUACAGUCUUCUGUGCCACAGAGUUUGAAUGAUCAGGCUACAUUUUGGAGUGACAGGUACCACGAUCAACCGACAGAUACGGUGGAGAAUUUCAUCAGCAAGGUCGAAACUCUUGAAAGUGAAGGAUGUUCUGUCAAGGGCAUAGAUCUAGUCUUCAUUUUGGACAGUUCAGGGAGUGUGGGAUCUGCCAACUUUGAGACAACCAAGAACUUUGUUUCGAGUGUCGUUGACUCGUUUGACAUUGGUGCCGACAAGACCCGAGUCGGUGUCAUCAAGUACUCAUCUGGCGUUACAGUCGAGUUCAACCUGAACGAAUACACCGACAAAACACGACUCAAGCAGGCAAUUGGAAACAUCAUUUACAGCGGAGGUGCAACAGAUACAGUUUCUGCACUGACCGUCAUGGAAAGUCAGGCCUUCCUAGUCGCGAACGGAGCCCGACCCGACGACGAACCAGUAUCCCGUGCGGCAGUUGUCAUCACAGAUGGGCAGUCACAGGGGGCAGCAGCCGUGGCAGUACCGGCAGACCGAGCUAGGGAGAAAGAUAUCACCAUAUUCGCCAUCGGAGUGACUAGCAGUGUGAAUGACGACGAGCUAAACGCCAUUGCUAACAAACCCAACGACACCUACGUGUUCUACGUCAGUAAUUUUGACGCGAUCGGCAACAUUGUGGCCUCUCUUGAAGAACAAACAUGUAAUGCUCCCACCCCUCUCCGAGUGCCGGUACUCAACAGUUCCCUCAGCCUUGGAGACGUGCAAUUCUUGCAACAGAUAGUGCCAGAAAGUGGAGUCACCCUAGUCAUUGAAGCUGCAGAAGGCAACGUGGUCAUGUACAUCUCCACGACCACACCCAACCCUAACGAGGCACUUCAUGACUACCGCCUGGAAGCGAGAGAGGGUCAGGGAAGGGCGGAAGUCUUCAUCAGUCCUGAUGCAUUCAUACACGAGGGGAACUUCUCUAUCCAGACUGAUGGUGGCCGUAAGCGAAGACAGGCACCGAGUCAGAAUGACACCGGAGAUGGUUCCCCCAUCGGCACUGUGUAUAUGACCAUAGAGGGCCUGCAGGAUACCAACGAUUUUGUGUUGGAGGUGACCGAAGGUGACGUCACCGAUCCUGUCACUACCCAGCCGACAACUGAAGAGCCAGAGGCCACAGCUACUCCAGGGAGCAAGUACACUUCAACUACAGCUGGGGCUUCAGUUCAUACUACGGUUUACAUCAGCGUAAUGAUGAAGGCUCUUGUUGCUGCUCUGUUGAUGAAAUCUGCCCAUGACUCUGUCAGUGAUGCAGUCAGUGAAUCAGUCAAUGAAUCAGCCAGUGACUCACUUGGUGAAUCAGCCAGUGACUCAGUCAGGGAUUCAGUCAGUGAAUCAGUCAAUGAAUCAGCCUGUGACUCACUCGGUAAAUCAGCCAGUGGCUCAGUCAGUGAUUCGGAGAGUGAUUCAGUCAGUGAAUCAGCCAGUGGCUCAGUCAACGAUUUAGUCAGUGAAUCGGCCAGUGACUCCCUCAACGAUUCGGGGAGUGAAUCAGCCUGUGACUCAGUCAGUGAUUCACUCAGUAAAUCAGCCAGUGACUCACUCGGUAAAUCAGCCAGUGGCUCAGUCAGUGAUUCGGAGAGUGAUUCAGUCAGUGAAUCAGCCAGUGGCUCAGUCAACGAUUUAGUCAGUGAAUCAGCCAGUGACUCCUCAACGAAUCGAUUGCGACACACGGAAAUGGAAAAUUACCGGGCAUCAAUGGGGCCACUGGUGUUCUUUCUUCUCGUCCUCUUGCCGCUGAUUCGAGCAGAGGGAAGGGACCAGACUAUUAUACCCAACGAAGGCAGUACCGCAAUCGUGGAAGCCACCGUCUCCAAGCUCAACCAACUGGCCGAGAAAAACGAGGAUCUCCGGGCAGACAACCGGUUCAUGCGCCGCAUCGCAUGGGUAGAAACCAGGGAUGGUACGGCAGAUCACACCUACUCUGUCCCGACCUACCACGGUGGGAUAUGGCGCGUCGACCAAGCCGUCUUUGAUGAAACUAAGCGUAUGGUCAACGGGUUACUCUACGUUCGUCUCUUUGAUGACAUCGAGAGACUUUUCUGUAUCCGAUGGAGCCAGACUACCUGGGAAGACUGCCGUAAACCCCUCUACUCGGCUCUGGCAGCCCGACUGUUCUUACAUGGACAGGGCCGUAUGUUCAUACCAAUUGGAUUGGAUGCACAGGCUGAGACAUGGGCAAAUGAAUAUCACAAUCCGCUAAGGCCAACGGAUACAGCCGCCAGAUUCAAAAUGGACGUUGAAGUUCUAGAAACAGCUCGAUGUCGUGCGCGAGGACUAGAUCUGGUCUUUGUCUUGGAUGGAUCAGGAAGUGUCAUGGUCGAACAUUUUCAAGACACUAAACGGUUCGUUCGGGACGUUGUGGACUACUUCAACAUCAGCUCUACCCAAACCCGCAUCGGGGUCAUCCAGUACGGUAUUCAGGUCGUCACUGAGUUCAAUUUGAAUGAGUACACCGAUAAAUACUCACUGAGGCAGGCUAUAGCAGGGAUAACCUACCGUAGCGGAUCAGCAACAUAUACAGCAGCGGCGCUCCGUUUGAUGGGGAACCGAAGUUUCUUGCCGGAGAACGGCGGUCGGCCAGAUGAUGCUGGUAUUCCUCGCGUUGCAGUCGUCGUCACCGACGGCAUGUCAAAUGACAAAGAUGGCAGCAAUGUUACAUUUACUGCUGACAGCGCUCGGGCAAAAGAUAUUGUGAUCUUUGCCAUCGGAGUCUCCCCGAAUGUAAAUAACAUGGAGCUGAACCAAAUCGCCAACAAACCCAAUGAUACCUACGUCUUUCAUGUCAGUGACUUCGGCGCUAUCGGCAACAUUGCUGCUUCCCUGGAGUACACCACCUGCAAUCAGGCCUCAGAAAUCCAGAACCAAACAGUCAGCAGCACGGUGAACAACAACGAGAUCCAAAACUUCGAGGUCCGAGUCCCCCACAACGGCGCCACGAUGACCUUGAACGCAACACAGGGCAGCUUGGUGGUCUACAUCUCAUAUAGCACGCCUAACCCUAACGAGGCCUCCCACGACGAUAUGCUGGAAGCAAAGGAGGGAGAAGGUAUCGUGACCAUCGUGUUCCUGCCUGAGGAUCUGAACAGGACCUGCACCCCUGAGAGCGCCCGCAAGCGUCGACAGGCGGACAACCGAGAUGGUCCUGAAGCUGGUUCCUUCAUCGGAAUCGUGUACGUCACCAUCGAGGGGCAGCAGGACACCAACGACUUCGUGCUGACAGUGACCGAUGGUGACGUCACCGACCCCUCCACAACAGCGGUACCCUUGACAACAAUCAUGGCUGCCCCUACCAAGGAAGAUUCUACCAAUGGCUGUGGCUUUGUGGCUGCAACUAUGGCUUAUGUCCUUCUGAAUGCUGCCUUCUCGGCUUCGAUUAUCUAGGUGUUGCAAAAAGUACUUGUUUGCAUCUUUUUGUGGCGAGGGUAUGACGAGACAGUCCUCUGGAUUAUCGGUUGUGUAAAGAGAAUGAUCCAUUGAAUAUAGUUCAAAAGAUGGAAAUAAGUUUAUAUUCGUCACGACUUGACACCAUUUUAAUGAGGAUAACCGAAAGUAAACGAAGGUAGAAAGGCUUUUGAAAUUCUAGUAUACAUUUAAUAGAAAUAACAUUUAGAAAUAGGUGAAUCAUUGACGAAGCUUAAAUGAUGUACUUAGGAAUUCAUGAUGAAUAUAUAACCGUUUACUACUGCUUUCAAACUACUAGUAUGUGGAAUGUGUGAAAACCUGAAAGGUAGCUAGACAUUUCUUACUUUUGUUUUGUUAAUGUUUACAUUAUCGCUUAAUAAUUUGUACUCAGAAAAAAUCUUAACAAUAACAUUGGUACAAAAUUAAACUACUCAUGGAAUUUCGGCGAUAGAGAACAUCCAAGUCGAACAAUUUUGUAAAUAUUUUGCAGCUGUAAAUUUCUUGCUAAAUAAGAAUUAGUAAUAAUCCCACUUCCUAUCAGUUGACAAAUCAAAAUCAUAGUCUAAAAGAAAUACACCAAGUUGUUCAAUUCAAAUCUAAAUCUCAACAAGGUUCGAUGAAUGAGGUUUUUUGGUUAUAACAGCAAAGCUGUUAAUAAUAUAGUGAAUCAAAUGAUGAUAGCAAAUGAAGCGUGUUAUUACUGUGUGAUCUAAGUGUACUUUAUUAUAGUAUUGUGUUAAGAAGUAAUGUUAGGAAUACUUUAAACGACAACAUUUUUGUCAUUGAUAAAGUUACAACCAUUCCGCAUGAGCUUCUCAAAAUGCCUUUCCAUGUCAUGCCUGUCGACCCCUGACAAGACACUUCUAAGAUGGACAUUAGUUUUCUCUGGUUGUGUUUAUGAAAAGAAAUAUCAUUUUAUACAUAUUGGAAUCACUGUCGCUCAAAUGCUGUAUUAACAGGAGUUCCUGAUACUGUGUAAAUAUUUUACCUUCUAGUUUUGUUUUCAGCUUACUUGUAUGCAGAAUGUAUGAAAAAGGAAAGUUAGUCAGAGGUUUCUUCUUCUUUUUUUGUUAAUGUUGGCAGUAAGUUUACUCAAUAUCGCUUAAUAUUUGUACUCGGAUACAACUCUUAAUAAUUAUAAAGGCAACAUGAACAAACAAGUUCUGAAAUGCUUGCCGUAGAGAACAUCGAUGUUGAACAAUUUUGUAAAUAAUUAGCCGAUGCAUUUUUUUGCUGAAUAAUAAAAAUUAUCCAACUUCCCAUUACUUCACAAAUCAAAUCUAAAAUGACAAAUACACCAAUAUGUUGUACUAAAAAAUAGUAUUGAAUACAUUGCGACAUGAGCGAACAAAUUACAGAAUGCUUGCUGUAGAGAUCAUCAAAGUUGAACAAUUUCGUAAAAUGUUUUGCCGAUGUAAUUUUCUUGUUAAAUAAUAAACAUUAUCCUACUUUUCAUUAUACUCCACAAAUCAAAAAUCUGAAAUUAAAAACACAUCAAUAUUUUAAAGGCAAUAUGAACAAACUAAUUAUCAAAAAUGAUUAUGAUCAAGAACAUCAAAGUUGAACACUUUUGUAAAGGUGUUGUCCAUGGAUUAUUCUUGUUAAAUCAAUAUUACCCCACAUCACAUGUAAAAUUACAAAUUUACCAUGCGGUUUACAAAUUUACCAAGCGGUGUAAUUAAUUAAUAUGAAUUAAACAUCUGAGUCUCAAAAUUAUGCGUGAAAUGUUU